AUGAUGCUGUACUUUUUUAUAGGUUGCACUAACAAAGUUCGUUUGACGGAUGUGACAACGUUAACCCUGCACCAGGGCCAGUACACCACUGGACGAAGAUCACCUUCAAUUCCUCAGAUUCAAUGUGUCGGAGGUUCUGCUAGGGGGAAAUUUGAACCACGGGUUGUGCAGUGUUACAAUAGGGGUUUCGAUGGUUUGGAUGUUCAGUGGGAAUGCAAAGCCGAGAUGAGCGAUGAGUAUGAAUUUGGCAAGGUAACUGGUAUUCAUUGUCAGAUUUAG